GGACUCAAUAAACCCUCUCUCGGUCUUUCUUCCAGACGCGAAACAGGCAAUAACGAAAGCUAAAGAUGAGCAGCGAUCGAAGCGCAGGGGAGGAACUCCUUCGCGAUCGGAUGCAAUAAUACAAACCCGCUACCCUCCAUUAAAAGCUAAACCAGAUUUCAGUUACGGAGCUAAAAACCGGGAGCAUUGUUCAUGCCACGCUUCGAUUUUGUAGGACCAGAUACUGUGAAUUAGGGUUUGGGUAUCGGACUGGAAAGGGUGCUUUCUCUAAUUGAGACACUGCGAUCUUAGUUACUUUGAGGGUUUUGUUGAUUUUUCUUUUCAGAAUUCAGUUACCGAGCUAAAAACCGGGAGCACUGUUCCUUCCACGCCGCAAUUUUGUAGGAUCAGAUACUGUGAAUUAGGGUUUGGGUAUCGGACUGGAAAGGGUGUUUUCUCUCACUUGGGUUCCGUUGGAGAUAUCUGGGUUUCUUGCAGUCCCCUUUUUAAUGAUCGUUUGGAACUCAGAAAUUGAAAUGCCGUCCUGUCGGCAUUCCUCCCGAAUUGACACUUUAGAACUGAAAGCUCAGAUCAUCAAGAAGCUUGGACAUGAGAAAGCAGAGAAAUACUUCAGUCUCCUGAACCGAUUACUUAACCUCAGGCUUAGCAAAUCUGAGUUUGAUAAGCUCUGCAUUACUACUAUUGGGAGGAAGAAUCUUUAUCUUCACAACCGGCUUAUUGGCGCCAUUGUCAAGAACGCUUGUGUUGCCAAGACUCCCCCAUCCAGAGGGAGCAGAAUAGAAGGCUCUCUUAGUGUUAAAAGUUCCAAUGGUUAUCAAAGGAGUAGUGUUGACAUGGCCUCUGGAGAUGCAUUCUCUCCAUCCCCCGGCAAGGGGAAGUCUUCGAAUCAUCGAGACCUCAAGUUUAGAGACCGCGCAAGUCCACUUGGGCCCCUUGGUAAGGUCCCGAGUUUCAUGUCUGAUGAAUCAACCCCUGGGACUCAAGGGCAACAAAGUGCUACAGAACUGUUUUCUCUCAGUGGCAGACCUCCAGCUGAAGUUGUCUCUGUGGAAGAUGGGGAAGAAGUUGAACAGGUGGCUGGCAGUCCAAGCAUUCAAAGUAGAAGCCCAGUCAGAGCUCCUCUAGGCAUACCAAUGAAUAUGGGUGGGGCACGCAAAACUCUCCGUAAUGGAUUACUAUCUACUUUUCAUCCUGAGACUUGUAGUACCAGCACUGAGCUACCUGAUACCAGUUCUUUAAGGAACCGGUUGGAGCGGAAGAUGGAAAUGGAAGGCAUUGGCAUCUCUCUGGACUGUGUUAAUCUAUUGAAUAGCGGAUUGGAUGCGUUUCUAAAGAGGUUGAUCAAGCCAUGUAUGAAUUUAGCUGGAUCAAGGGCUGGACAUAAAUACAUGAAGCAAAUAAAUGGCCAAAAUAUACCUGGUUUGAACGGUGUCUUGCCUGAUAGAUUCAUGCCAAGACCACCUCCUCAGUCAACAUCUGUAUCUUUGUUGGAUUUUCGGGUUGCAAUGGAGUUGAAUACCCAGCUACUUGGGGAAAAUUGGCCCAUACAUCUUGAGAGAGUUUGCUUGCGUGCAUCAGAGGAAUGAACAGGAACAAAUUAAUCAGCAAAUACAUAGUAUCAAAAGGGACCAUGAGUUUGAGUUCAUGAUGAAGUGAAAAUACAAUGUUGCAAGUUUAGAAUUUUCUAGCAUGAAUGUAUGUAUACCUUUUGUAUGCAAUUUCCACCACUGCAGGAGGAAAUAAAUUGUGAAUGCUAUGAAAUAAUGAAAGGUAUUGGAAGAGAUUGAGUUGUUCACAUGUAGGUAACACCAUUUAUGGUCCUGAGAAUGGGGCAUGUUUACACAGUAUAAAGUAAGCUACCAGGUGCUUCUAAGAAAUUCUCUAUUCCCAAGGUUCAAUUUGUUUUUCAAUGAUGAGGAUUAUUUGUUCAUUGUAUUACAUUCUGCCUGUAAAUAAAGAUUUAUUUGUCUUCA